AGUAAAGUGUAAGUGCGUAGUUUUUUAUUUCGUGAUUUGACAUGUUGUACACCAAGUUAAUUAUCUCUACGUUAUGUAUGGCAACAACUGAAGUUUUUGGAGGUGCGAUAACUGAAUAUCCAGACGAUGGAUACGGUGGAUAUACAAGAAAAGAUGAUUACUAUUCGCAUCCAAAGUACGCUUUCAAAUAUGGUGUGCACGAUCCAUCCACCGGCGACGUGAAGAGUCAAAAAGAAGUUCGCGACGGAGACGUCGUCAAAGGUCAAUAUUCACUGGUAGAACCCGACGGUUCCGUUCGAACUGUAGAUUAUGUAGCGGAUCCUGUAAACGGAUUCAAUGCCGUUGUUUCGAAGAGUGGGCCAUCUGUCCAUGUAGUACCGGAACCAAUCGCCGUGAAAAAAGUUAUUCCAACUUACAUCAAAGAAGUAACGGUACCGUUCGUGAGGCCGGUUUACCAGAAACUCGUAGCGGAACCUGUAUACAAAUACACGUCAGCGAUAGGUGAAAAUGACAUAUACGAUGGUUAUGGAUAUGUAGAUGGCUACGACCCAAAUCCAUAUCUUGGAGACAUUCAUCAUGGACACAUUUAUUGAAGAUUGUAAUAAAAUGUUUUGGGAAAUCAUGUAAUAUAAAUAUAAAUCCAAA